GUCGGCCCGCCAGGAUGCAGCUCAAGCCGAUGGAGAUCAACCCCGAGAUGCUGAACAAAGUGCUGGCCCGGCUGGGGGUCGCCGGGCAGUGGCGCUUCGCGGACGUGCUGGGGCUGGAGGAGGAGACGCUGGGCUCGGUGCCCGCGCCCGCCUGCGCGCUGCUGCUGCUGUUCCCCCUCACCGCGCAGCAUGAGAACUUCAGGAAAAGACAAAUCGAAGAGCUGAAGGGACAAGAAGUCAGUCCUAAAGUGUACUUCAUGAAGCAGACCAUCGGGAACUCCUGCGGCACAGUCGGGCUCAUUCAUGCCGUGGCCAACAAUCAAGACAAACUGGACUUCGAGGAUGGAUCAGUCCUGAAACAGUUUCUUUCUGAGACAGAGAAGAUGUCUCCUGAAGACAGAGCAAAAUGCUUUGAAAAGAAUGAGGCCAUACAGGCAGCCCACGAUGCCGUGGCACAGGAAGGCCAAUGUCGGGUAGAUGACAAAGUGAACUUUCAUUUUAUUCUGUUUAACAACGUGGAUGGCCAUCUCUACGAACUUGAUGGACGGAUGCCUUUUCCGUUGAACCACGGCGCCAGUUCAGAGGACCACCUGCUGCAGGACGCCGCCAAGGUCUGCAGAGAAUUCACCGAGCGUGAGCAGGGGGAGGUCCGCUUCUCUGCCGUGGCUCUCUGCAAGGCAGCCUAGUGCCCCGCGGGAGGGGCUCGCCCUCUUCCCCUCCUCCCUUCCACGUGAAAAUAUACACCUCCCCAAGCAGUCUAGAACGCUCCAGCGUUUGUGAAACACAGCUGUCCCCCGCCCGAUCCGCACACGAGCCCUCCCCCCAGCCACGCCCAAGCACACGCCGUCCAUCAAGCCCAGCUGGGUGUGAGCUUCAGAUG